AAUGAUCAAUCUUCAAUAGCUAUAUCUAAAACAGUUUACAAUACUAUAUAUUUUAUUCAUCAAGAAAGACUUAAUAGUCAUAUAUCAGUUCAAGCCUUUUUCGAUGAGUUACAAGAGUUUGACUUUGAGUUUGAAUACUAA